GCAACCCGUCGCCCCGUUUUCAUCGCGGUUGUUCGUUUGUCAAAAAUUUGUUGUGCCUCCUCUCUUGCGUCCUCGGUUUGCAAAUUCGCGAAAAAGACGAGGGGUUCCGGAGUGCAAAGCUACAGAGGAAAAUACGAAAAACCAGCCUAAAAUGGUGCCAUAAACAUAUAUUUUCUCACCUUUCAAGCGAGCUACGAAGAACGGUAAGAAUAAGAAGUUGCAACACUGAACGCACAUCUUCGGGAAGAGUAAGGGGGAAAAAGCUUGAUAAUCAUGAGUGCAAGUACCGGUUCAGGGGCCACUUCAAGUGGAGGGCCAGCGAACAAUUCAGCCGCGGCCGCACAGGAGAUUGAAACGGUUACCAUCAUAAGCGACGAUUCCGACAUUGAAAUGACGGAAUUUACUCCGAAGGGCAAGGGGAAGGCGGGAUCCGGCCAGACAGAGAACAAAGACGGUGACGAGGGCCGGAGGAUAAGCCGGCGAAAGAAACCCCGGGUGGAAUAUUCCGACAGCAGCAGACCGGUGGUAAAUGCGUCAGAUGCGGCCAACAGCGAGAAGAAGCCGGAGGCCAAAAUUGAAGCCAAGGUCAAAAAGCGUGAACCGGAACCGACUGUUAAGGACGAAAAAGGUGAGGAAGGUUCCAAUCCCCAUCGGGAGAUAAUGGCCGGGCUGGAGGGAGCGGCGUUUCAAUCGCGACUGCCGUUCGAAAAGAUGACUGCCUCGGAAGCGGUUUGCUUUCCGGAGAUUACCAAACAUGGCCUUGUAGCUCAGCGGGUAUUCCUAAACGUUCGGAACCGUAUUCUGCAGAUGUGGAUCGAGAAUCCCACCUUGCAGCUGACGGUGGAAAAUGCACUGAAGAAUAUGGAACAACCGUUCGACAGUGAUCCGAAUCUGGUCCGGAAAGUGCACGCCUUCCUGGAGCGGCACGGAUUCAUCAAUUUCGGUAUAUUCAAGCGCUUGAAACCAUUACCCGCUAAAAAGCUGGCCAAAGUAAUCGUCAUAGGUGCCGGAAUAUCUGGCCUUUCCGCUGCUCAGCAACUUCAGCAGUUCGGGUUCGACGUGAUUGUCCUGGAAGCGAGAGACAGAGUCGGAGGCAGGAUAGCUACUUUCCGAAAGAAUUCCUACACUGCUGAUUUGGGAGCAAUGGUGGUCACCGGCAUUUGGGGGAACCCCAUCACAAUCCUUAGCAAGCAAACGGGAAUGGAAAUGUGUCCCAUUAAAACCGCAUGUCCCCUGUAUGGAGCCGGAGGGAAACCCGUUCCCAAGCAUAAGGACGAUAUGGUUGAACGCGAAUUCAAUCGCCUGUUGGAAGCCACGAGCUAUCUUUCGCAUCAAUUAGAUUUUAACUACGCCGGAAACCAUCCGGUCUCCCUAGGGCAAGCUCUGGAAUGGAUCAUCAAGCUCCAGGAGAAACACGUCAAGGAAAAGCAAGUACAGCAUUUAAACAACAUAAUUACCUGGCAGCAGAAGCUGAUUGAAAACCAGAAAUCGAUCAAAGACACGAUGGACAAGAUCAAGAGCCUUCGCACAAAACACAAAGAACUGCUGGAAACCAAGCCAGCCAAGCCGAGCGAACUCGACAGCAAAUACAUUGAGCAUGAAUUCAGUAUUCGCCUGACGGCACGGGAGGAACAACUUGCUUGGAAAGAAAUCGAAUUGCUCCGUUCUAGUCAGGAAAAGAUCGAAUCCAAGUUGAAGGAGCUCGAGAACGAUCAGGUGAGCGAAGUGUACCUUUCUUCCAAGGAUCGACAAAUCCUGGAUUGGCACUUUGCCAAUCUCGAGUUCGCCAACGCGACUCCGCUAAGCAAUCUCUCGCUGAAGCACUGGGACCAGGAUGACGAUUUCGAGUUCAUCGGCAAUCAUACCACCGUGCGAAACGGUUACUCCUGCGUCCCCAUAGCCCUCACAGAAGGACUCGACGUUCGGGUCAACACGGCCGUCAAACGUAUCAAGUAUUUCCCUGGAGGAGUCGAGGUGACGGCCGAUCUCAAGUCGAACAAUUCCACGGUCCAUUACAAAGCUGAUCUCGUGCUGUGCACAUUGACGCUGGGCGUUCUUAAAGUCGCAAUCUCGGAGCAAUCCUCCCAGCUGAACACCGUCCGGUUCGAUCCGCCGCUGCCCGAGUGGAAACAGUCCGCCAUACAGCGGUUGGGCUUUGGCAAUCUGAACAAAGUGGUGCUGUGCUUCGAUCGGAUCUUCUGGGAUCCGAACACGAACCUGUUCGGGCAUGUUGGCAGCACUACCGCCAGCCGGGGGGAGCUGUUCCUUUUCUGGAACAUUUCGCAGUCGCCGGUUUUGCUGGCGCUUGUCGCUGGACAGUCUGCUGCCAUCAUGGAGAACGUUUCGGACGAUGUCAUCGUUGGUCGCUGUAUCGCUGUCCUCAAGGGCAUAUUCGGCAACUCAUCAGUGCCACAACCCAAGGAAACAGUUGUCACCCGAUGGCGAGCGGAUCCCUGGGCCCGAGGUUCGUACAGUUUCGUUUCGGUUGGGUCCUCCGGUAGCGACUACGACCUGCUGGCAGCACCCGUAACUCCGCGGUUCACUGGCCUGGGCGGUAUCAACGGAGGAGGAUCGCACUCUGGUACAAACGGGAACGACGAUGACGACGGAAGCAAAGCGGACAUUCCACGAUUGUUCUUCGCUGGUGAGCACACUAUUCGUAACUAUCCUGCCACCGUUCACGGGGCAUUGCUUAGUGGCCUACGAGAAGCAGGCCGGAUAGCGGAUUACUAUUUAGGUUUUCCGAACACCUAUCCCGAUGCACCCAAGGAAGAACCGAAAAAGUAGAGAAAACAUCUUUUAGCCUCAUUCAUUAAGUAAGACACAAUUUAUAAAUUAUUGAUUCAAACUAGAAUUAAAUCACCCUUUUAAUUGUGGUUUGCUCUACAGAAUACUAUAGGAAAUAGCACAUCUAUUUCUACACUGGACGAAACUUCAAUUGCAAUUCGACACUAGACCUAAAUUUUGAGAUUAGAAGAGCUACUCUCUGGCAUUUCAUUAAAUGUGAAGAUAAUGCAA